GGCGGGGCGGCCCCGUUGCUAGGACUUGGAGAAGCGUGGCGUUCUCGCCGGCGUCCUUCAGUCGACCCCGCGGAGGAUGGAGCCCUGCUCGGGCCUCGCGGAGCAGCCCGGGCCCGCGAAGGCCGGCGGCGAGGAGCGAGCGCCGGCGCCGUGGCAAGCCCUGCCCGUCCUGUCGGAGCAGCAGGCGGGGGCCGUGGAGCUGGUGCUGGCCUACGCCGCGCCGGUGCUGGACCAGCGCCAGACGUCCCGCCUGCUGCGGGAGGUGUCCGCCGCCCACCCGCUUCCCGCCCAGCCCCACCUCAAGCGCGUGCGCCCCGGCCGCGGCGCCCAGGGCGCCCACGCGUCGGACCUGCUGCUGUGCCUGGCGGGGCCCUCGGCGGCGCCGCGCUCGCUGGCCGAGCUGCUGCCCAGCCCGGCCGUGGACCCGCGCGGCCUGGGCACGCCGUUCCUGGUGCCCGUGCCCGCCCGGCCGCCCCUCACCCGGAGCCAGUUUGAGGAGGCGCGGGCGCACUGGCCCACGUCCUUCCACGAGGACAAGCGGGUGACCCGCGCGCUGGCCGGGCAGCUCUUCUCUGCGCAGGCGCGGGCGGCCAUGCAGCGCCACAUGGAACAGGCCGUGCGUGCCGCCCGCAGGGCAGCCGCCCAGGGCCUGCGGGCCGUGGGCGCUGUCGUGGUGGACCCAGCCUCGGACCGCGUGCUGGCCACAGGCCACGACUGCAGCGGCCUGGCCAGCCCCCUGCUGCACGCUGUCAUGGUGUGCAUCGACCUGGUGGCCCAGGGGCAGGGCCGUGGCACCCGUGACCUCAGGCGCCACCCGGCUUGCUCCUUCGCCCCGGCUGCCACCGCCCAGGGUGCACGUGCCGGCAGCGUGCGCAAGCUGGACGAGGAGGAGGAGGGCCUGCCCUACGUGUGCACCGGCUACGACCUGUAUGUCACCCGCGAGCCCUGCGUCAUGUGUGCCAUGGCCCUCGUGCACGCCCGCAUCCAGCGCGUCUUCUACGGGGCGCCCUCGCCCGACGGCGCCCUGGGCACGCGCUUCCGCGUCCACGCGCGGCCAGACCUCAACCACCGCUUCCAGGUGUUCCGCGGCAUCCUCGAGGACCAGUGCUGCCAGCUGGACCCCGACCCCUAGGCCUGG